AUGCGGUUUCAGUUCCUAUCUUUCAGUUCUCAGAAAGACUAUAAAAGGGAUCUGGAGACUGAAAUUAAGGGGAAAGGAAUGCAGGUGAACACAGACACUCUUGAUGUCCAGAGAGCUAAGAAGGCAUCUGAGAUGGCCAGCCAGAAACAAUACAAGAAAGACUUAGGAAGUGAAAUUAAAGGGAAAGGAAUGCAGGUGAGCAUGGAUAUCCCAGAUAUACUUCGAGCCAAGAGGGUGUCUGAAAUCUACAGCCAGUGGGACAUCUUUAUUCCUCAUAAUCCCAAACUGUCUUGCAUCUUACCACCCAGCUAUAAAGAGCAAAACUACAAAGCCACUCUGGUAAGCAUGACCCCAGAGAUAGAGAGAGUGAGGAGGAGCCAGGAGCAGCUGAGUGUGGUAAAAUACAAAGGCGAGAUGAAACAGGCCACUGCCAUUUCCGAUCCUCCGGAGCUGAAGAGGGUGAAGGAGAACCAGAAACACAUCAGCAAUGUUCAUUAUAAAGGUCAACCAGGAAGACCUACUGCUUUAAGUGUAACUCCUGAAAUGGAAAGAGUAAAGAAGAAUCAAGAAAAUAUUAGCUCGGUAAAAUAUACCCAGAGCCAUAAACAGAUGAAAGGUAGACCAAGUCUGAUUUUAGAUACACCUGCCCUGAGAUAUGUUAAAGAAGCACAAAAUCAUAUUUCCAUGGUAAAAUACCAUGAAGAUUUUGAGAAGACAAAGGGGAGGGGCUUCACCCCUGUGGUGGAUGAUCCUGUGACCGAGCGAGUGAGGAAGAACAUCCAGGUUGUCAGUGACGCCGCCUAUAAGGGUGUCCCUCCCCACAUUGUGGAGAUGGACCGGAGACCUGGCAUCAUUGUUGACCUCAAAGUUUGGCGCACAGAUCCUGGCUCCAUCUUCGACCUUGACCCCUUGGAAGACAAUAUUCAGUCUAGAAGUCUGCGUAUGCUUUCCGGUACUGCUAACGUUCUGAGUUUCUGCCUGUUGUGGUUUUGUGCUGAAAGUGAAGCUGCACUAGAGGUUCAUUACGGCGACUUUGCAAUGUACUUUUAA